UAUUUUCCCGAAACAAAAAUAAAAUAGACUAUACGCUGCACAGACAGUGUGUGUAUAUACAUGUAUCUAUCUCCAUCAUACACAUAACGAGAAGUGCGUAAACGGCGGGAGUGUCCACUCCUCACUCUUUUCACCGCUCAAAUUUCACACUCUAAUAUAUUCAUUCAUUCCCUUUAAUCCAUUUCUUUAUUUUAUUACUAUGGUGGGUGAAUCGUUCGCAGCUCAGAAACGAGCGAGUUCAACUCACUUACCCACCGCCGCCACUCAUGCCGCCGCCGCCCGCCGCCCCGCCAAUCCUCGUAACCGCCAGAUCCACAAGACCUUCAACAACAUUAAAAUCACCAUCCUCUGCGGCUUCGUCACCAUCCUCGUCCUCCGUGGCACCAUUGGCCUCGGCAACCUCGUCGCCGACAGUGAAUUGGAUAACCAGAGUCUCGUUGAGGAGACGAAUCGGAUCCUGGCGGAGAUCCGGUCCGGGUAUGACCCGGGUGAUGCCACCGACCCGGGUGAUCAAGAACGAGAGAUGAGUGUUAAUGAGACUUAUAGUCUUGGCCCGAAAAUUAGGUCCUGGGAUGCUAGUAGGAGAAUGUGGUUGAGGAAAAACCCGGGUUUUUCGGCGUCGAUUAAUGGGAAGCCGAGAGUGAUGCUGGUGACUGGUUCACCACCAGGGCCUUGUGAUAACCCAAUUGGGGAUCAUUAUUUGUUGAAAGCAGUUAAGAAUAAGAUUGAUUAUUGUAGGAUACAUGGGAUUGAGAUUGUGUAUAAUAUGGCACAUUUGGACAGGGAGCUAUCGGGGUAUUGGGCGAAAUUGCCUUUGAUUCGGAAACUAAUGUUGUCUCAUCCUGAGGUGGAGUGGAUUUGGUGGAUGGAUAGUGAUGCUUGGUUUACUGAUAUGGUGUUUGAGAUUCCGUAUGGGAAGUAUGAUCGGUAUAAUAUGGUGAUUCAUGGGUAUCCUGACUUGUUGUUUAAUCAGAAGUCGUGGAUUGCGUUGAACACGGGGAGUUUUUUGUUUAGGAACUGUCAGUGGUCUUUGGAUUUGUUGGAUGUUUGGGCUCCAAUGGGGCCGAAAGGGCCGAUUCGUGACGAGGCUGGGAGGGUUUUGACAGCAAAUUUGAAAGGGAGGCCGGCGUUUGAGGCGGAUGAUCAGUCUGCCCUGAUAUACUUGUUGAUUUCGCAAAAGGAUAAGUGGAUGAAGAAAGUGUUUGUUGAGAAUACGUAUUAUUUGCAUGGGUUUUGGCAAGGGUUGGUUGAUAGGUAUGAGGAGAUGAUGGAGAAGUAUCAUCCGGGGUUGGGGGAUGAGAGGUGGCCAUUUGUGACGCAUUUUGUGGGUUGCAAACCUUGUGGGAGCUAUGGAGAUUACGCGGCUGAGAAGUGCUUGAAAAGUAUGGAGAGGGCGUUUAAUUUUGCUGACAACCAGGUUAUCAAGCUUUAUGGUUUUAGGCAUAGGGGUUUGUUGAGCCCAAAGAUCAAGAGAAGUAGAAACGAGUCAGUUACUCCAUUGAAGUAUGUAGAUGAAUUUGAUAUUCGACAUUCAGCACAUAAAAUUAAACAUAGGGGAUCAAAAGGCUAGCUUGUAAGCUAUCUUCGACCAAAGAUUAUCUUAGGUAAUCUAUUACAUUUAUUCACCUUCAGAAUUUACUUUUAAUACAGUCAAAGUUUGUUCUUUA